CCAGCUAUGGUGCGAGGUCAGUAAAUGCAAACGUGAGCCCUGGCUUUAGUGUCUUCAUGAUCUAACGCCAGGGUCAGGCCGUUACUUUCCCUUCCCUUCCUCUUCCCUUCUAUCCUUAAUUUCCGCGCGUUAAUCGCACGGCCGCGAGCAAAUACGUUCCAUGCACGCGUAGUCGGACUCGACCAUCCGCAAAAUUGCCUGAAUAGCGUAUAAAUGGUAGAGAAUGAGGGGAGCUGCGAGUUGUUUGGGCGGUAUUGACACCCGGUGGGUAGCCUGUAGGGCGUGUUCGUUCAUAGCUGACUUAUAGCUAGAUGAUCUGUGAUGAAGGAAGCAGAAUGGAGCUCACCACUGAAGUCGUAUCGAUCUCCAGUAGUUGAGGAUAUGUCCUGGUUGAUGUGCUACAGUUGCUGAUGGGGGAUAUAUACUGCAUUGGCAUCUAGAUCUGUGAACAUGGUAUGGCAGGGAGUAGUUGAGAGUCAACGCAACGAAGCUUCCGAAUGCGGAAGUCGUAAACCUCUCGAAAUCUUUUCUCUUCCAACUCUCGAAUACGCAAAAUACAGCUUUGCUGAUCAACAGCUCGACAGGCCAAUUCUAUUACAAGGUCACGAACGAUCACUCACUCAAAUCAAGUUCAAUUCAGAAGGAGACUUGCUGUUCUCAUGCUCGAAAGACCAUAUCAUCAACGUUUGGUUCUCACACAAUGGUGAACGCCUAGGUACAUACGAAGGCCACAAUGGCACAGUAUGGACAAUCGACACCGACUCACAAUCAAGAUUCCUUGUCUCUGGAUCUGCCGACAAUGAGCUACGUCUGUGGAAUGUAUCCGACGGCAAAUGUUUGUACGUUUGGGAGUUUCCGACGGCCGUGAAGCGUGUGGCAUUCAGCGACGAUGACGAGCGUGUUGUUUGCAUCACUGAGCAACGCAUGGGCCAUCAAUGUGUAAUACGAGUGUUUAAGCUGAACCAUGAUGGAGAUGGAACAACUCAAUCACUGGAACCAGAACAUAUGCCUACCGUUUGCGCGUUCACAUACACCCCAAACCUGAUCAUAACUGGUCACGAGUCCGGAAAAGUCGCUCUUUUUGAUGUCGUCACCGGGUCAGAAGUUCUCAAUAACGAGCGUGCGCACAUGGACGUCGUCACCGAUUUGCAAUUGUCUGCCGAUCGCAGCUACUUCGUAACAAGUAGCAAAGAUAAAACUGCUCGGAUACACGACACGAAAACUCUUCGAGUACUCAAAACUUUCACAACGGAGACACCUUUGAACAGUGCAGCACUAGCACCCAACAAACCAUACGUUCUAGUGGGUGGUGGUCAGGAAGCGAUGCAGGUCACGACUACGUCACUGCGGCAAGGCAAAUUUGAAACCCGUUUUUGGCACAAGGUCUUUGAGGAGGAAGUUGGCAGAGUAAAGGGUCAUUUCGGACCCAUCAACACGAUUGCUGUUCAUCCGGCUGGUACGAGCUAUGCUUCUGGUGGAGAAGAUGGUUUUGUACGCGUUCAUCACUUCGAGGAGUCCUACUUCAGAGCAAAGCCGUAUGGGGAUCUCCAGCUCGAGGAUUGA